ACUCCUUUCUCUUAAACUUUAAUACAAAAUAUUAAAAGCGUUUUCUAUUAAGCUAUUCAUUAAAUCAUGGACUUAUUUAAAGCUUUAAAUUUAUUCAAUCAAGGAAAAUAUGAAGAUUGCGCAACAAUAUGUACAAAUUUGUUACAAAAGAAUCCUCUUGAUCAGACUAUAUGGGUCUUAAAAAUGCGUGCCUUAACAUUACAAGUAUACGUAGAUGAUAUAGAAGGAGAAGAGGAAGGGAUUGCUGAAAGUCUAUUAGAUAAUUAUACAAUAUCUUCUAUGCCUAGACCAGGAACAUCUUUAAAAACUCCUGGUACUUCUUCCGUGGGACAAUGUCUUCGACCCAAAACUCAAUCAGGUAGACCACUUACUGGUGUUGUGCGACCAGCUACCCAAUCUGCUAUGUCUCAGUCGAUUGAGCAAACUUUAAGAACACCCAGAACAGCUAUGACAGCCAGACCAAUUACUGCAAUUUCUAGCCGUAGCGUUAGAUUAGGCACAGCAUCCAUGUUAACAGAGCCGGGAGGACCUUUUAUACAAUUAUCACGAUUAAAUAUUUCUAAAUAUGCUAGUCAACCAAGUAUUGCUAAACCAUUAUUUGAGUAUAUAUAUUAUCACGAACAUGAUGUUAGAUAUGCACUAGAUUUAGCAGUGCAAGCAACUCAAAUUUGUCAUUAUAAAGAUUGGUGGUGGAAAGUACAACUUGGAAAAUGUUAUUAUAGUCUAGGAUUAAUCAGAGACGCUGAACAACAAUUUAAAUCAGCGUUAAAAGAUUCUAAAACUAUUGAAGUAAUCUUGAGACUAAUCAGAGUUUACGUUAGACUUGAUCAACCAUUAACAGCUUUAGAUACAUGUAAAAAAGGUCUUGAGUAUUUUCCUAAUGAUGUCAAUAUUCUUACUGAAAUGGGACGUAUAUUCGACGGUCUGAAUAAUAUGAGUAUGUCGUUAAAAUACUAUAAAUUAAUUGCUCAGGAAGAUGCUUCUCAUACAGAAGCAAUAGCAAGUAUCGGAAUACAUCAUUUUUAUAAUGAUCAACCGGAAUUAGCUUUACGAUAUUAUAGACGAUUGUUACAAAUGGGAGUAUAUAAUGCUGAAUUAUUUAAUAACCUUGGAUUAUGUUGUUUUUAUGCUCAGCAAUAUGAUCAUGUUAUAUCUUGUUUUGAAAGAGCAAUUAGUCUUUCUACUGAUGAAAAUAUGGCAGACAUAUGGUAUAACAUUUCACACAUUGCUCUUACUGUAGGUGACAUAACAAUGGCGGAAGAAUGUUUAAAAUUAGCUAUUGUUAGCGACAAUAGACACGCUUUAGCAUACAAUAAUUUUGGAGUCAUACAAAUACGAAAUGGAAACAUUACAGCGGCGAGAACAUAUUUUCAUGCUGCUGCCAACAUUGCUAACUUUAUUUAUGAGCCCCAUUUUAAUAGUGCUUAUUUAGCUUACAAGGUUGGAGAUCUUCAAACAAGUUACAUUGCUAUACAAAAGUCGUUAAGUGUAUAUCCUAAUCAUUCUGAUAGCAGAACUCUUCUAAACAAAUUAGAGAGGUAUUUCUCGCGCGUGUGAAUAGAAAAAUAUACAGUUUAUUUAUAUCACGUAAAAUGUAUUAUUUUAUUAAUGUUUGAUUCUAGUCUUACAACUAAUAUUACCUAUCUAAUAUGUAUAUGUAAAAAAUACAAAU